AUGUAUAAACCUGUCUUUAAUGCAACGAAUGAGUGGCAGGAAUUGCCCGAGGGGAUGUCCAUCCCGGGCGGCUGUCACGUACGAAUGGAUAUCACAACUGGAAAACAGUCUGUGAAGUUAGAUAGUGACAAGCAUAACAACAAAGCACUCGUCGUCCAGGAGACACCUCCUACUGAUAAAGAAACAAGCGGGAAAGUCGAUACUAAAAAGGUAGUGGAUCUAUUGAACAAGAAUGCAGGAUUGCAGAAAGAUAUUAGUGAGACUGCUGGUACAAAUGCUGAGCUACGGUCUGACAAACCUACAAGCUGGAAAGGCCUACUGGAAUGGUCUAUGAAGUAUAAGGAUGGGACAGCAGACUCUGAAUUCUCUCCUCUUGAUGAUGAG